UAUAAAAGCCUAACCCUAAACCCAUUCGAAUUCCGAAUCGGAAUCGAAAGAAGAAAAUGUCGGAGGCGGAGGAGCUGCCCCGUUCUAUCGUGCGCCGCGUCGUGAAGUAUAAGUUGUCCCGUUGCUCUGAAGACGGAGAAAUUUCCGUCAGCAAAGACGGUCUUCUCGCAUUCUCCGAAAGCGGUAGGAUCUUCAUCCACUACCUUUCCGCAACGGCUAAUGACAUAUGUAAGGAGUCAAAGAGGCAGAUUAUCAAUGUUGAGAAUGUUUUCAAAGCUCUUGAGGAAACUGAGUUCCCUGAGUUUGUUUGCCCUCUAAAAGCUUCCCUUGAAGAGUUUAGGAAGAAGAAUGCUAGAAAGAAAGUCGUAGUGUCAAAGGGAAAGGAAGAUGAGCCGAAGAAGAAAAGGAAGUUGGAAGGUGAGUCAUCUGAUAAAGGCGAAGGUUCUGAGAAAGGAGAAGAUAAUGAUAAAGGUGAGGAUUCCGAUAAAGGUGUGAGUGGUGAUGACCAAUGA